GAAAUAGCUUGAGCUGCUAAUGUGUUCCUCAUUUGAGCGUCGACACUGAGACACUUCAGCAAGGAUUGCAGAAGUCACUAUGUUGAGGUCUUUCAGAGCAUCUCUUCCUCUGAUCUUAGUGAUCAUGACUGCGGGGUCUGAUGGUCAGCAGGGUUGGGGAGUGACUUACAGCUCUUCAUCUGUUUGUGCAUUAAAGGGAUCAACAGUAAAAAUAUCCUGUACUGUAAAAUAUCCUCCUAAUCAUAAGCUCAUAAGAGUCUUCUGGACCAGAUAUAUUGAUGGGGAACCACCAGACUUGUGUUCAGACCCUGAAAAAACUGGAAGAGUUCAGUGUGACACUAAAGACAAAAACAGAGAAUAUAAAGACACUUCCAGCAUCACUUUGACUGCAGUAACAGAAGCUGAUAUACACAUCUACUACUGCAGAUUCACUACAAAUGUUACUGGUGGAAAAUGGACGGGGGUUCCUGGAGUUCAGCUGGACGUCACAGACCUGCAGAUGGAAACACAACAGACUGUUGUAGUGGGAGGUUCAGUCACUCUGAGCUGUAAAAGCAGCUGCUCUCUGCCUGAAGAAACUACAUUCAUCUGGUACAGAAACACAGAGAGAUUAAGUAGAGAAACAUGGAAUAAUCAGCUUUAUCUGUGGUCAGUCACCCAUAAAGAUGGAGGAUAUUAUCAGUGUGGUGUAGGAGGAAAUGAACAUCUGAAAUCUCCUGCUGUUUAUGUCAAAGUAGGAUGGGUUUAUGGUCUGCGGGAAUCAGGAAUGAAAUACAGCCCUUCAUCUGUUUGUGCAUUAAAGGGAUCAACAGUGAAAAUAUCCUGUACUUUAACAAAUGCUGGUUAUAAGCUCAUACAAUCUGUCUCAACCAAACCUGCUGUAACGGCUCAAGAACCACAAGACCUGUGUACAGCUCCAGACAAAAGAGGAAGAGUUCAGUGUGUCAGAGAAGAUAAAGACACACUCAGCAUCACUUUGACUGCAGUAACAGAAGCUGAUAAACACAUCUACUACUGCAGUUACACAGAUGAAGAGAAUAAAAGAUGGACUGUGAUUCCUGGAGCUCGUCUUGAUGUCACAGACCUGCAGGUGGAGACACAGCAGGCUGCUGCAGAGGGAGGUUCAGUGACUCUGAGCUGUAAAAGCAGCUGCUCUCUGCCUAAAGAAACUAAAUUCAUCUGGUACAGAAACACAGAGAGAUUAACUGGAGAAAGACUGAAUAAUCAGCUUCAUCUGCAGCCAGUCAGUCGCUCUGAUGCUGGAGACUAUAGAUGUGCUGUCAGAGGAAAUGAACAUCUGAAAUCUCCUGCUGUUUUUCUCAAAGUUGGAUCGAUUGAUAGUCUGAAGUAUUGGGGAGUGAAAUACAGCUCUUCAUCUGUUUGUGCAUUAAAAGGAUCAACAGUUACAAUGUCUUGUACUCCAACAUAUUCUGAUGAUUAUAAGCUCACACCAGCCUUCUGGACCAAAACUGCUGUAACUAAUGAAGAACCACCAGACCUGUGUUUAGACCCUGAUAAAACAGGAAGAGCUCAGUGUGUCAGUGAAGAUAAAGACACUUCCAGCAUCACUUUAACUGCAGUAACAGAGACUGAUAAACACAUCUACUACUGCAGAUGUACAGAUAAAUGGAAUAGAAGAUGGACUGUAGUUCCUGGAGUGUGGCUUGAUGUCACAGACCUGCAGGUGGAGACACAGCAGACUGCUGUAGAGGGAGAUUCAGUCACUCUGAGCUGUAAAAGCAGCUGCUCUCUGCCUGAAGAAACUAAAUUCAUCUGGUACAGAAACACAGAGAGAUUAACUGGAGAAACACUGAAUAAUCAGCUUCACCUGCAGCCAGUCAGUCACUCUGAUGCUGGAGACUAUAGAUGUGCUGCAAGAGGAAAUGAACACCUGAAAUCUCCACCUGUUCAUCUCAGUGUUGAAUAUCCUCCGAAGAGCGUCUCAGUGUCCGUCAGUGGAUCUGCUGUAAUAGUGUCUGGAGAUUCAGUGACUCUGAGCUGCAGCAGCGACUCAAACCCUCCUGCUUUGGACUUCCGGUGGUUUAAAGAGAAUCAAAGCUCGGCUGUUGGAUCUGGACAGAGUUUCAGCAUCUCCAGCUUUAACUCCAGUCACAGUGGACGAUAUUACUGUGAGGCUGAGAAUAAAUACGGCUCUCAGAGAUCAGAGUCUGUUUCAGUCACUGAAGCGGUUCAGAGAUCUGCUCUGCACACACUUACUGGGGCUGUGGUGGGAUGUGGUGGAUUGAUCUUCAUCAUCAUCAUCAUCAUCAUCAUCAUCAUCAUUAUUGUGUUUAUAUGGAAGAAGAAGAGGAGAGACGGUGGAGCUGAAGAUACCAGACAAAAUCAGCAGAAUCCCAUUGGCGGAUCAGCAGAAACAGCUUCAACCAAUGACAGUGCAGUGUAUUCACUAGUAUCAGCCAAUCAGAGCGAGGCUCUUUACACCACAAUUACAUCAGUGAAACCCAAACGCUCCAGGAGAGCAGAAACAGGAGAUGUGGAGGAUCUUCAAUACGCCAGUGUUCAUCACUUCAAGAACAAAGACAUGAAGACUGAAGAACAUCAGAAGAUGGAGAUGCAGCGUCUGUCUGAUGCCAACAGGAUUGCAGAAGUCACUAUGUUGAGGUCUUUCAGAGCAUCUCUUCCUCUGAUCUUAGUGGUCAUGACUGCGGACCUGCAGGUGGAGACACAGCAGACUGCUGUAGAGGGAGAUUCAGUCACUCUGAGCUGUAAAAGCAGCUGCUCUCUGCCUGAAGAAACUACAUUCAUCUGGUACAGAAACACAGAGAGAUUAACUGGAGAAACACUGAAUAAUCAGCUUCAUCUGCAGUCAGUCAGUCGCUCUGAUGCUGGAGACUAUAGAUGUGCUGCAGGAGGAAGAACAGGAGAACUUUUGAAAUCUCCACCUGUUUAUCUUAAUGUAGAAUAUCCUCCAAAGAGCGUCUCAGUGUCCGCCAGUGGAUCUGCUGUAAUAGUGUCUGGAGAUUCAGUGACUCUGAGCUGCAGCAGCGACUCAAACCCUCCUGCUGUCAAAUAUAUCUGGUUUAAGGAGACUCAAAGCUCAGCUGUUGGAUCUGGACAGAGUUUUAGUGCACUAGAUAGUGGACAAUACUCCUGUGAGGCUGAGAAUAAAUACGGCUCUCAGAGAUCAGAGUCUGUUUCAGUCACUGAAGGGGUUCAGAGAUCUGCUCUGCACACACUUACUGGGGUUAUGGCGGGAUGUGGAGGAUUGAUCUUCAUCAUCUUCAUCAUCAUUAUUGUGUUCAUAUGUGUGAAGAGGAGGAGAGCAGCUGGAAGUGAAGCUGUGAAGCAAAAGCAGUCUGUCGGCUCCAGAGCUCCUGAUGAUGAGACCUUCACGGCUCUUGAGCUUCAGUCCAGAUCUUCUGAAUAUGAGACUCUACAUGUGGAGACACAGCAGACUGUUGUAGAGGGAGAUUCAGUGACUCUGAGCUGUAAAAGCAGCUGCUCUCUGCCCGAAGAAACAAUAAUCUAUUGGACCAGAAAUGAUGUGAGAUUUAUUGAACGAAGACUGAAUAAUCAGCUUCACCUGCAGUCAGUCAGUCGCUCUGAUGCUGGAGACUAUAGAUGUGCUGCAAGAGGAAAAGCAGGAGAAGAACUUCUGAAGUCUCCACCUGUUUAUCUUAAUGUUGAAUAUCCUCCAAAGAGCGUCUCAGUGUCCGUCAGUGGAUCUGCUGUAAUAGUGUCUGGAGAUUCAGUGACUCUGAGCUGCAGCAGCGACUCAAACCCUCCUGCUGUCAAAUAUAUCUGGUUAAAGGAGAAUCAAAGCUCAGCUGUUGGAUCUGGACAGAGUUUUAGUGCACUAGAUAGUGGCCGAUACUACUGUGAGGCUGAGAAUAAAUACGGCUCUCAGAGAUCAGAGUCUGUUUCAGUCACUGAAGGAGUUCAGAGAUCUGCUCUGCACACACUUACUGGGGUUGUGGCGGGAUGUGGAGGAUUGAUCUUCAUCAUCAUCAUCAUUAAGAGGAGAGACGGUGGAGCUGAAGAUACCAGACAAAAUCAGCAGCAGAAUCCCAUUGGCGGAUCAGCAGAAACCGCUUCGACCAAUGACAGUGCAGUGUAUUCACUAGUAUCAGCCAAUCAGAAUGAGGAUCUUUAUGCCAAAGUUAAAGCAAAGAAACCCAAACACUUCAGAAGAGCAGAAACAGGAGAUGUGGAGGAUCUUCAAUACGCCAGUGUUCAUUACUUCAGGAACAAAGACAUGAAGACUGAAGAACAUCAGAAGAUGGAGAUGCAGCGUCCGUCUGAUGCCAACAGGUCUAAGGAUUUGAUUUACAGCUCAGUCAAAUAAACAACAUUGGGUCAAUGCCUGUUGAUGAUCAUCAGAGACUGCUUGAGUU